CCAAUACAAUUGAAAGAGCGGAUAUGAAGGGCUGGAUCAAUGCCAACAAUCCAUGACUUUCACACUAAUUAAAUUUAAUCUCAAGUAAUAAUUUUAUUUAUUCCAACUAUUUGAGUUGAAAAUUGUAGUACACCUUUUAUAUUACAAAAUCAUCAGAAUUAAUGGUCUUCAAAACUGCUGAGCUGGAAAAGAUUAGUAGAUCACCGGUCUUUUAGGUCUCGAGGGGAAUUGGCGGGAAAGGAAAACAAGGAGAGAGAGAUUGUGGAAGAGAUGAGCUCGUCGGCAGUAGAAGCAGAAGCGCCGGAUCUGGUGUGCCAGUUGGACAACGUCCAAGGUAUGGUCGACGCACUCUCUGCCGUUCGAUGGAAACGCCAUCAGGACGCAGUGGUGGAAUUAUCAGAGCAUGGUGUCGUUUUGAUCGUGGAGGAUACUGGUUGUCUUCAAGCCAAAGUUUAUCUUCAACGUGAGCUAUUCGUUCGCUAUGAAUAUCAUGCUGAAGGGCGACCACGAUUUGGAGUAAGUUUGGGCCUCUUUGUCGACUGUUUGAACUCAUUUUCUGCACCUGGACGUUCAAGUAUGAUCGAGAUUCAAUACCCAGGACCUGAUAUGCAGCUUCUUAUCAAGUCUGUUGAUUCACUUGAUGCUUGUAUUUAUGCGGAAAUCAGGACAAGAAUUCCAGAUACAAUUUCAUGGGACUACAACUUUGAACCUGCCGGAAGCACGCCACUUACUUUUACUGUCAAGUCCGCAGCAUUAAAAGAAGCAAUUGAUGAUCUAGAAUGGCCAGGGUCGAGCAUCCAGAUCAAUCUACAGCCAGAUCCCCCAUGCAUUACGUUUAAAGGAGAAGGCCAUGGAGACUUGCAGAUAGAUUUCACCUAUUAUGUAAAUACGGAUCUUGUGAUUGCAUUUCACUGUGAUUGCCAAGUAUCCUAUAGGUAUAAAUACAAGUUUCUUCGAGCAACAACAUCGAAUCUACCCAGCAGUGUUAUUAAAGAUAACAGAGGAAGUAAACUGACCAUUGGGAGAGGAGGGAUGUUGAAAGUUCAACACUUGGUUUCAGUUGCUAGAUCAGCUACUUCACAUCCUCAUAUUGAUUCUGCUGGGCAUCAGCAACCUAGUCGAAUUGCUUAUAUCGAGUUCUUUGUGAAGUCUGAGGUAGAUGAAUAAAGUUGAUUCAUAGGAAUUCUGUUUUAUUUUUCGGCAUUCAAUUUGGAGCUGUCAGUGAUCUAUCAAGUUGUAGCAGUGCAAAGGAAAACCGACUUUUGAAUUUUUCUUAAUGAUUAUAUAUAAUUUCAUACUUGAUUCAUGACACUGAA